AAAAAUAUCCGAUGGGUUGUCACUUUGUAAUAAUAUAAGAAAAUUUUCCCUCAUUUUCUCGACAAAUUUUUAUUCUUUUUCUGACACUGAGAUUCUCUUCUAACUAUUUUCCCCUUAAUUUUCAAUUUCUGUUUUCUUUCGAUUUCUACUGUUCCUGUGUGACUUGAUACCUCCGUCUUGUGAAGAAACGCGUUGACUCUUUCUUGAGUUCAUUUCCACCAAUCAAAUUUUCAUCUUUCUCAAGAUUUCAAACUUGCAAUACAAUUUUUACUCAAAUGGGUUUCUUCCAAAUCCUUAGAUUCCUCUAAAUUGUUUCUUAAAUUCCAUUCUUACUUUUCUUUGUUUUUAUGUGUUUUGUUUUUGGUGUUAACCAUCUGGUUUUCGGGGCGAAAGAGACUCUGGUAAUCUGGAGUUCGUCUGAAAGAUAAGUAAAACGUUCUUGAUGGAUUCGAAGGGUUCUAAGGAUGGGAAGAAUUACAUAAUGGAUACACCUGUGGUGGUUUGUGUUAUGGAAGAUGAAAAAGUUGAAGAUCAUGUCAAUGGUGAAGAUGAUAGUGAUUCUAAUUCUUUGUUGCCUCCUAGGAGAGGUUGUAUGUCAAGAAAUUCUGGUAAGACAAGAAGGAAAGUUCAGUGGAAUGAUAAGAAUGGUAAUCAGCUUGCUGAGGUGUUGGAAUAUGAACCAAGUGAUGUCAGUGACUCAGAAGACGAAGACGAAGAUUCAGAUUCUUGUAUCUGUACAAUAAUGUAGAAAUCAUCUUGAUAUUAGCUGUCUCAUACUCUCUACUGGAUUAUUCAUGGGCACAAUAUGGCUUGCCAACCCUGAAUUUGACAAAGUUAGAGACAGAACAUGGUAGAUUUUUUGUUCUGAGAUGGGGCCCGGAUAGUCCAAUAACCACGUGCGGCCUCUCAUGUCUACCGAUAUUUGGAUUCAGUUCAUCUUACUGAGUUUCAAGAUGAUUUCAUAGAUGGACUUUGGGAGGAAUUCUUGGAUGUAGAUCGAAACACGCAUUACUUCCAGUAAUAUUAUUUGGACGGUGAUGAUAGCUUUCAUGCUUAGCCACAUCUACUGAUGCUGUAAAAGUUGUGCAUUCAAUUGAUUAGAUCAUUAUCUAUCUAAUGGCAACAUCAUUUAACUGAUGGUGUAAAAGUUGUGCAUUCAACUGAUUAGAUCAUUAUCUAUCUAAUUAAAGAGGAGACAGAGACACCUCCAAUAUUAUUUCAUUUUGUUUUUCUUGUUCCCCAUUCUAUGGAACAAUUUUUCAGGAUUAAUGUUAUUUUUUCUUCAA